AUUUUCGACUCCACAAGAUACCAUAAUAGACAAGACUCAGCAUUCAAUUAGUUAGUUUGUUUCUUACCAAUAUUUGACAUUUUUUUAUCAUAAACCAUAACAAUUCUUGAUCAGAAGCAAGGCUAGUAAGAAGAAAGUCAUAAUUGAAAUAGAUUAUCAAUUGCACUUCAUAACUCUUCAAUAGAUUGUGUCAAAAAUUGAUUCUUCGAUCUCAUUAUCUCAACUGGUCAAUUCGUUUUCAUUUCCUGGACAAUUUAUAAUACUUAAUUGAUAUCUUAUUACAUCCCGCUAGUUCAAUUAUUAACUCAUGAUAAUCUUUAAUCUUUAAAAUUUCACUUCGACUAUCUUAGACAUACAAUGCAUGUGUGUUUUCUCGUUUAAAUAAUUUCAUUUCAAAUGGCUAUGAAACAGGCUCAACUUAUAUUCAUUCUGUAAUGUCAAAGUGCAGAUUAUUACAUUCUGCACCAAAAGGAACUAACAGAUUACCAUACACCUUGCCACCAGUGGGUCCACUACGUUUUACACGAACGUAUCCAGUUGCCCAUCAUCAUCAUGAUCAUCACAAAGCCCCAAUUAUCAAAGCUGAUUCCUUUAAACCUGCCUGUAUACAAUCACCGUUUUUUUACCAAGCUCAUGCUGGAAAUGUUACUCUCAGUGAAAACUGUCUGUACUUGAACAUCUUCACUCCUGUCCGUGGAAACGAGUUGAAUGUUACCAAAUUGUAUCCAGUUUUUGUUUAUGUCCAUGGAUCUGCUUUUGCUUUCGGUGGUCCAGCAGGAAUUCAUAAUCAAGCUCAAUAUUUAUCGGCCUUUGGAGAUAUCAUGGUUGUCACAAUGGCUCAUCGAUUAGGUUUUCUAGGUAGACCUUAUGAUGGACCAGUUGAAGAUGAUGAACAAAAUUAUCCUCAUCAUCUACCUGGUAAUCAAGAUCUUCACGACGUCAUCCAAUCACUCCAAUGGGUUCACAAUAAUAUCCGUUAUUUUGGUGGUGAUCCAGAUCGCGUAACUUUAGGUGGUCUAUCAGCAGGUUCAAUCGUUGCUACAUCAUUAUUUGUAUCGCCUAUUGUUCCUGAUGGACUUUUCAAUAAAGUUGUUGCUAUGUCUGGCUUACCAAUAUCUCCACCAACUACAUUAAACCCUAAAAGAGCUAAGAGCAUCACUAAAGAGAUUUCAUCAGCGGUUAAAUGUUCCUUUAGAGACACUGACACCAAAGAUCAUCCUCUUAGUUGGAAUGAAAUUCACUGUCUAAAAAGAGUUGAUCCAUUUGAUCUGGUUAAGGCUUCAGCAUCCAUUUCCUUUUCUCCGAUGUAUGGUGAUGACAUUUUGCCUCAGCAGCCCCAAGAAUUGAUUAAAUCACCCAUUUUUAAAAAAAAUAGAUAUUCACUUCUUAUUGGAACUGAACAAAACGAAGACGUUAUUUCCCAUUCUACUCCAACGACAGUUCAUGAUGCAAUCACUGACUUAUCAAAUUUAUUUCAGGACAGAUUUGGUGUUGAAAAAAUGGAUAAUUUUACUUCAAUUAUUCAAUCUUAUUUUAACGAGUUACAAGAAGAUCAAAUGGCGAACCAGACAGCAGUUGAAUCAAUUUUCCAUGCGAUCAUCUCUGAUUUUACGUUCAUCUGUCCUUCUCUUUUAAUGGGUAAAAUAUUCAGUCUCAACAAUCAAGUCUAUUUUUAUCGAAAUGAAGUGGUUCUCGAUGCUGACAAGGACAAACGUCCGUUUGGAACCCUUCACGCUGAUGAUUCUGCUUUGUUCAUUGGUUAUCCUUUUACAACUCCUGAUCUUUAUAGUGAUUCUGAUCGCACAAUCAGCUUACAGAUGAUGAAAUUACUCGGUACAUUUGUUGAAGAUGGUUAUGCUCCUUGGCCUGCUGUGCGUAACCAAGAUGGCAAAACCACUCCAUACGUUUGGAAGAUAACCAAAGAGUUGGACUAUCAAAAUUUCGAAGUCGAUCCAUAUAACAAUCGGUGCAGUGAAUGGGCUCAAAUAUACCAAAUUGAUGAUCUUUGAUUUUUGAUGAUUCAUACCUAGUAGUGGCAAAAUCUCAUUUCGACUUUUGAAGUUGAAAAAUACCCAAUUAUUGAUGACGGUGUAAUAUUUAUCAAUCAUAUUCAUACUUUAUCUGUAACAUCAAUUUAAUCAUAACCGAUAAUUGCAGGAAAAUUAGAGUAAACAGUAAAACAUGAUCAGUUUGUUCAUAUUGUUUUGUUUUAA